ACGCCGAUCUUUCUGCUCUCUCGAUUUCGAUCUCGACGCAGUGUCGUGCCGAACCGAUAAUUGUGUUAUUUUCGAGUCGUUGAAAAGGCCAAAAAAGUGUGCUUGCUCCUAACUUGAAAUCGUUUUGACUUGGCCUUGACUUGGGGUUAAGCUGGCCGUGAAAAUUCCCAAAGAAAAAAACGUGAAAAGGUGACUAAAAUUGUACAAAAUAAGGAAUAAGAAACGGGAAGGUGAAACUGUCUUGCUGGCUGGUGUGCGCUUGAGAGUGUGUGUGACUGUGCGGCGGUGUGUGCAAUUUUUUCAUCAUAAUUCCAGUCCUCGUGUGUUUUUCGGUGUCCAAUCCCCGCGAGAAUUCAGCUAAAUCCUGCCCAGCAGCAGUUCCUUUUAAAUUAUUUAAAUUAUUCAAACAAUUCCUGCUUUUGAAGAGCAGACGUUGUACAAGAUUCAGGAUUACAGAACCUCAACGGCUUCUCAAGGCCGUACAAUUAUGGGUUUAAAUGCCAAGAGUGUUUGUUCUACCAGCAGCACUGAGCCAAAUGGCAGCAUAGUCACAACCGCCCCCGGCAACGGAGAAGCCAGCACCAGCAGCAGCAUUGUCGUCGUCGUCAGCAGCAGAAGUAAUAGAAGCAGCAGCAUUAGCCCAAACCCAAUCCCAUCAUCGUCAUCUGCCUCAGCGACUCAAAGCAAAGACGAUCUACCGGGAACCUCAGCAGCCUCCAAAAUAUCAGAAAUGUGCUCUUGUGAUAACCAGAACCUUGCAACAUCCACAGCACCAGCCACAACUUCAAAUGGCAAUAAACGUAAACGGCGUUUAAGUAGCGAUUCAAACGAUGAUUCUAAGGACCCCGAACUCGGUUUUGAGCUCCCAUCCGCCAAGCGCCAGCAGCGACUGCCCGCUUUGUAUGGCAGCGAUCAGAGCAACAUAUCGUCGGUGGCAUCCUCGGUGUACACCUCGCCCGUUGUCUCGGCCGAUGGACAGAGCACACAGGAGCUACUUAGCAUACGCAGCUCACCAGCCGAGGAGCUGCCGGAGGCGCCACACAGUCCGCUGCCGGACAGCCCGGACAGUCCGCCGAGUCCGGAUCGCGGAGCCAAACAGGCGCCUGUGGUGGUGCGCUACGGAGUGCAGGAGGAGGUGAACCCUACAGUGGUUACGCAAAAGGCGGAGGAUGGUGAUCUUUUGGAUGACAGCUGCGAGGAUUACUCGUAUGACGAAGAUGAGGAGGAUGAUAUCGAUGAGGAGGAAGAUGAUGAGGAGAUCUACUCGUCCACCAUUUCGCCAGCCUCCUCGGGCUGCAGCCAGCAGCAGGCAGAGAAUGGAGAGCGUACCCCCGGUCUACAACAGCACCAGAAGCAGAAUCAGCCUCCGGUCAGUGACUUGAUGAUCCAUAUGCCUGCACCAACCAAGAUCCUGGAUGAUGUGGCAGCCUUUAGCUGCAUGUCUCCGGCUGUGGAGAACGGCCUACGCCAGUGUCCACUUCCUGCUCUGGCCUGGGCCAAUGCCGGAGAUGUUUGGCGCCUGAUGUGCCAUCGGGAUGAGCAGGACUCGCGCCUGCGAAGCAUCUCUAUGCUGGAGCAACAUCCCGGUUUGCAGCCACGCAUGCGCGCCAUCCUCUUGGACUGGUUGAUCGAAGUCUGCGAGGUGUACAAACUGCAUCGGGAGACCUUUUACUUGGCUGUCGACUAUUUGGAUCGUUAUUUACAUGUGGCGCACAAGGUCCAAAAGACCCAUUUGCAGCUGAUCGGCAUCACCUGUUUGUUUGUGGCCGCCAAGGUGGAGGAGAUCUAUCCGCCAAAGAUCGGGGAGUUCGCCUAUGUGACGGAUGGUGCCUGCACAGAGCGGGACAUCCUCAACCACGAGAAGAUUCUGCUGCAGGCGCUUGACUGGGACAUCAGUCCAAUUACUAUUACCGGCUGGCUGGGCGUCUAUAUGCAGCUGAAUGUGAAUAAUCGUACUCCGGCUUCAUUCUCUCAGAUUGGCAAGCAAAAGUCGAUGGAGGCGGACGAUGCCUUCAUCUACCCGCAGUUCUCUGGCUUCGAGUUUGUCCAGACAUCUCAGCUGCUAGAUCUAUGCACCUUGGAUGUGGGCAUGGCCAACUACUCCUAUUCGGUACUGGCAGCGGCCGCCAUCAGUCAUACCUAUACUCGUGAGGCGGCUUUGCGUUGCUCUGGUCUGGAUUGGCAGGUCAUUCAGCCCUGUGCCCGCUGGAUGGAGCCCUUCUUCCGGGUGAUCUCCCAGAAGGCAGCCUACCUGCAGCUGAACGAGCAGAACGAGCAGGUCAGCAACAAAUUCGGCCUGGGCCACAUCUGUCCCAAUAUUGUCACCGACGACUCACACAUCAUCCAAACGCACACUACCACCAUGGAUAUGUAUGACGAAGUUCUGAUGGCUCAGGAUGCGGCGCAUGCGAUGCGAGCUAGAAUUCAGGCAUCUCCGGCCACCGCGCUGCGCGCUCCCGAAAGUCUGCUGACGCCUCCUGCCUCUAGUCACAAGCCGGACGAGUAUCUGGGCGAUGAGGGCGAUGAGACGACGGUCAGAAGUGGCAUCUCCUCCACAUCCAACUGUUGCACCACUACUAGCAACAACAGCAUCAGUAGCAGCAAUCCUGCGACCAGCUGUAGCAGCAGGAACAAUCGCUGAGAAAUUGUCCUCCCUGCUCUUGGUCAUCAUUCUCUCACAAUCACCAUACCCGCCCAAACAGUCUCUACGUUUAAGUGUUUCUAAUAUUUAAAUUAUUUUUGUUAAGUGAAAAGUUAUUAGAUGCCUAAUUCCUAUGCUAAAAACAUAAUUUAAUUUGAAAGUUUCCACGCGCUUUUGUUUCUCAACACGCGACUUAUAUAUUCAUUUUCCUCGCUCAGUUUAAUGUUUAAUUUUGUGUAUUUAUAGAAAAUCAGAAAUAUAAUUUUAAAUGUACACUAUCUAUAAAGCACACAAACCUAUUAUAUAUACACACACAACUAGAGUAUAGCAGACAAGGCAAAACUGAAACUGAAUUAACCAUUAACCAUUAGACCAAUACCUGCUGAAAAGGAGCAUAACAAAAAUCGAACUUAAAGUGCUUUGCUACGGGCACAAACUUUACAGCACGUCUCAAAAAUGAAAAAACUAAAAACUGUGUUCGCAAUCAAACAAUGUGUCCAGCUGUCAACCAGUCAGUUGUCGUCAGUCAGUCAUUUAAUAUCAAUCACCGAGAGCAAUCACUAACAAACUAAAAUUGACGAUAAAGGAGAGGGCUCAGCAGCAGCCCAGAGCAGAGUACUUGACUAAUCAACUAAAAUUAGCCUAUAAGUCGAGGGAAUCUAAACUAAACCUACUAAUGCUAAACGCUGCAUUUCAUACGACAAUUAAUCCUACUAACAAAUUAAUCAACAAACACAAGACAAGUCCAUAAGCUGACAUGGAGUGACAAAGAAAAUGGCAAUUGAAGAAUAUAAGAGUUAUAUAAACAUGAAUUGAACGCUCAGAACAGAUUAACAUUUAUGAAUAUUUACGUCAUUGUACAAUUUUUUUUAAUUUAGACUAAUUUGCCAUAAUUUGCUAAGCAAAUAAAUCCUGUACAUAGAGCAAAACACACACACACAAAAAAAAAACAAAACGCACAAAAACAAGAAUUAACCAUAACUGAAACGCAUAUAAUAUAUUAUUAUAUAAGUGUACAAUUCUAUAUAUGGCUUACAACAAUUUGAUGUACAUUCAAAAGGCACGAACGCAAAUUAGAAAAAUAUUAUUAAUCGUUAGUUUAGGCAUAAAUAACAUGUAAGUGUUCAUACGAUUAAGGCUGGAAUGAAAACAGAAAAACAAACAAAAAACAACAACUAAAGGAAAAGCACACAAAAAAAUCUUAUCUAUUUAUGUUUUAUUUGUAGUUUUUAAAAGCAAUAAUCAUUUUAAAAAUAUGAAUUUGAUUUUAAAUAAUUUCACUACUACGCUUAUGUUCAUGAUUUGAUGUUAAUAAAUAAACAAACGCAAAAUCAUAAACUAUACAAAUCAAGUUGAAUUGAAUGAGUAAAUAAAUAUAUUUUUUGUAAAUAAAACUGAAA